AUUGUUUUUUUUUUUUUUUUGGUGAACAGCGGAGAAAGCCGUAAAGGGACACAGAUGGACUUGAGGCAAAUAGUAGCAGCUCUACGCCAUUGUGGGCGGCUUCAGGCUUCCAGGCAUGGGAAAUCGUUCCAUUCUCAUCUGAUCAAAACUGGGUUUUCCCGCGAUAUCUUCAUGGCUAACAAUCUGAUAUACAUGUAUGUCGAUUUAGUGUUGUUCUCUGACGCACAUCAACUCUUUGAUGAAAUGCCUGAAAGAAAUAUUGUUACUUGGACCACCAUGGUCUCUGCAUAUGUCAACAACGGAAGAGUUUAUGAAGCUCUAAGACUGUACCGGCAGAUGCUAGCAUCUGAAUCCCAGGUGCCAAACGGUUUCUUGUACUCCGCAGUUCUGAAAGCUUGUGGCUUUCUGGGUGACCUUGAACUAGGUAGACUGAUUCAUGAGAGAAUUUUUCGAGAUAGAUUAGACUAUGAUGUUGUUUUGAUGAAUGCCCUUUUGGAUAUGUAUGUGAAAUGUGGAAGUUUGAGUGCUGCUAAGAGAGUUUUUAAUGAAAUUCCGUCUCCAAAUUCAACUUCAUGGAACACGAUCAUUUCUGGGUACUGCAAGGCUGGUUUAAUGGACGAGGCACUGAAUUUGUUCCACCAAAUGCCAGAAAAGAAUGCUGUAUCAUGGAACAGCAUCAUAGCUGGUUUUGUCGACAAUGGGAGUUUGCGUGCAUUUGAGUUUUUGUCUAUGAUGCACAGAGAUGGACUUAAGCUUGAUGUAUUCACAUUACCAUGCGUUCUUAAAUCUUGUAGCUGCCUUGGGUCAUUAACUAUGGGGGAGCAGAUUCAUUGCUAUGCCCUCAAGUCAGGUUUGGAGUAUAACUGUUUCACUGUGUCUGCGCUGGUGGAUAUGUAUUCAAAUUUCAACGUGUUAAAUGAAGCAAGAUCUUUAUUCAAUCAAUAUACAAGACAUGGUGCAUCAAUUUGCAUUAGCUUGGCACUUUGGAAUUCUAUGCUUUCUGGAUAUGUUGUCAACAAAGACAAUAUUGCAGCUAUCCAUAUGCUUUCAGAAAUUUAUUUUUCUGGUACAUGUUUUGAUUGCUGCACUUUUAGUAAUGCAGUGAAACUCUGCAUCAAUGUACUCAACUUUAGACUUGGGUGUCAAGUUCAUGGUUUGAUUGUGACAUAUGGGUAUGGAUUAGAUAUGAUUGUUGGAAGCAUUCUAAUUGAUCUGUAUGUACAACUAGGGAACAUUAGGGAUGCAUUGAGUAUUUUUCAUAGGCUACCAGCAAAGGAUGUUAUAGCUUGGUCUGGUUUGAUAGGGAAGUGUGCUAAAGUUGGGUUUUAUUCCUUAGCGUUCGUGUUGUUUAGAGAUAUGGUGAACUUGGGUCUUCAAGUGGAUCAAUUUGUUAUUUCAAGCAUCCUGAAAAGUUGCUCAAGCUUGGCAUCUCUUGUAAGUGGCAAGCAAGUCCAUGCUUUCUGUGUUAAGAGUGGAUAUGAAUCAGAAGAGGUUAUAGUAACAUCUCUUAUUGAUAUGUACUCAAAAUGCGGGGAUAUUGAUCCUGCUUUAGUUUUGUUUUACUUUACACCAAAAAGAGACAUUGUGAGUUGGACAGGGAUGAUUGUUGGUUGUGGCCAGAAUGGAAGAGCAGAGCAAGCUGUUGAAUUUUUCCAUGAAAUGAAACGGACGGGGUUAAAGCCAAAUGAGGUCACCUUUCUCAGUGUUCUUUCUGCCUGUAGACAUGCUGGUCUGGUUGAACAGGCAUGGAUAAUUUUUAAGUCUAUGAAACCAGAGCAUGGGAUAGAUCCUCUAAUGGAGCACUAUCAUUGCAUGGUUGAUAUACUUGGGCAAGCUGGACGCUUCCAAGAAGCAGAAGAAUUAAUUGCUGAAAUGCCAUUUGAGCCCGAUAAAACAAUAUGGGGCCCUAUGCUUGUGGCCUGUGGAAUUCACAAAAACACCAAACUUGUUCCAAUCAUUGCUAAACGCCUGAUUGCUACUUCUCCAUUAGAUCCUUCAUUGUAUGUUAUGCUUGCAAAUGUUUAUGCAACAUUAGGAAUGUGGGAUAGUUUAGAUGAAGUGAGGAGAGCUGCAAAGGAACUAGACUCAAAGGAAAGUGGAAUGAGCUGGAUUGAGACUUGAAUUUAAGAAAUCAAGCUCCAAUGUGAAUCCUAGUGCAAAUGGAAUUUGGCGUGUAUAUUUUGGCGAUAGUAUCCAUCUAAUCUUGUGCUUAAUGCUCUAUCUGGUUACCUGAUGUCCGUGGCCUAUAUAAUGACCAAAAGAUGGUGAGUAUUAAAGGAUGAGAUUGCUA